GAAUUGGGUCGAAUUAGUUAUUUCAAUUUCGAUAAUAUGAGUUAUUUAAGUAUGAAGGAAAAAAAAGGAUCGAAAAUUAAUUAGACAUGACCAAAUUGAAUAAAAUGAACCAAAUAUAUUGAUUUUUCAUCCUUUUGAUAAAUGAUUCUAUCAUGAUUCGAUCCAGUUCUGGGUUGGAUCUACCGUUGCCCCAUCUCUACAUGUAGGACCAUCUGUCCAUCCAUCUUUGGAGGACAUGUGUCCCAAUCAAAGGAUGCAAGGGUGGGCAUUGAUUCGAUCCAGAACCAAAUCAAAUCGAGGAAAGACAGUAAUCAAAACCAAAGGAAAAUCGAGGAUAAAAACUAAAUCAAAAGCAUAUUUGGUUCCGUCCAAAUUUAAAUUCAAUCCACUUUUCUUUUAAUACUUAAAAUAAUUUGCACAAUCAAAACAUAUUUAAUAUGAUUCCGUCCAAAAAUUCGAUUCGAUACAAUUCGAUUCGAUAUAAGUCCGAAUCCUUUCGACCUUUCCCAUCCCUAGAUGAAAGUAAAUUGGGAUUUACAUACAACGAACGGUCUUGGAUCUGUACACCUUUAGCACCAGGCACUAGGCAGCCCACCCAUGGUUUUGGGCAGAAUCUUUAGCGAACCCACUAACUAAACCACUGGCUUCCUUCCUUCCUGGCCUAAAACCAGAUAAGCAGCACAGACAAACCUUCAAAAGCAAACUACCUGAGCUAAAUCUGUCAAAACAAACAUCAUCCCAUCUCAUAGACAAUCAAUCACAACUGAAAUAAAAUGGUUUUUUUUCAAGCAAGUAAAAGAACCAUUAUCACCUGAAUCAAGCUAGACUAGUCUAGCCACACCGAAACAAGAUCGAGAAUAUGUAACCGGUCCAGACGGAGUGAUCUACUCAUAUUAAAAUUUUCGAUUUAAGACUUCGAGAAAUGGAGGAGGGAUAGUAUGCAAGCACAACAUAUUGUAAUACCAUGUCCUCAUUUUGUUUGCCUCUGCAUCAUUUCCAUUGGUUUUUUGCUCUGCUGCUGCUGCUGCUGCUGCUGCUGUAUAUUUCAGAGAGGAUCAUUAUGCAAAGCAGCCAGUGGAUAAGGGACUACUAGUACUAGAUCCCCGUGCCCACCUCCACAGACCUCAGUUUAUAUUUCAGUGAUGAUUAAGACAUCACAAAGCACUAAGCUGUGCUUAAUUAUGUUAAUAAUACCCAUUAGCAGUGAUGCAUGAUAAGAACACGAGAGGCAUUAAAUAUUGUUGGGGCACUCAUAAUAGUUCAGGCGAAUCCAAGAUUAUGAAGAUUGCUUAAUAAACUAUACAAAUUACUUUUAGAAUUGAUACCUAGCUAGCACAUGUGUGACUUAAACCUGGGGGACUUUGUUUUUGCCUUUCUUCUCACAAGUCACAUUUCAGCUUAAUAUUUAAUAAGCCACACAGAGAAAAGAACAGAGUACUUUUUGGGAAGGGGAGCAGAAGACAGAGGAAUCAACCGACCAUAACUAGUAACCUUUGUAACCACAACCAAAACAAGCGACUCCUAUUGUUGGUAUUCAACUGCAAAACCAUCAAACUCCCCUCCUGAGAAAACCAUUUCCUAUAUAAACCCCACAACCAUGGCUCAGUCAUUUCAUCAAACUCAUCUCAAAACCCAGCAGCAAAGCAAGCAAGUUCAUUCAGCAUUCAAGUUAUUUUACCCUCUUCUCUUCUGUUUUCAAAUCUAAAUACAAACAAUGGCAAAGAAUGUGGCUCAAUCUCCCCUGGAAACCAGCAUGGCUUCACUUGACCAAAGGUUGGCCAUGGCCAAGCGUUGCUCUCAUGAGGGAGUGGUUGCAGGAGCAAAGGCAGCUGUCCUAGCUGGCAUUGCUACUGCUAUUCCAACUCUGACCAGUGCAAGAGUGCUUCCAUGGGCAAGAGCUAAUCUCAAUCACACUGCCCAAGCUCUCAUCAUCUCCACAGUUGCUGGAGCAGCCUAUUUCAUAGUUGCUGACAAGACUGUCCUAGCUACUGCAAGAAAGAACUCACUCAAGCAUGCUUCCAACAAUUGAAGAAGCAUGGAUUCUAGUUUCUACUAUGACCAAUUAUGUGAACUUCAUCCACUGUUGUUUAAAAAUAAGAUGAACUUCACUUA